GGCAGAUUUUCCUGGCUGAUAGCUUUCUCGUUGGUAGCAAUGUUUCGUUUUGUUCCCGAAUGCACUCAGCCAACAGCUGAGAAUAUCAAGGAAUUUGUGGAUGUCUUCAAAACUAUCAAACAUUUGGUGGUAAUGACCGGCGCCGGAAUUUCCACCGAAUCCGGCAUUCCGGAUUAUCGUUCACCUAAAGUUGGCCAAUAUGCACGUACCAAUCAUCGUCCAGUGUUGCACGGCGAUUUUAUGCAAUCAUUAGCUGUCCGGAAGCGUUAUUGGACACGAAAUUAUGUCGCAUGGCCACGAUUUUCUGCUUCACAACCCAAUGAAACACAUCAAACGAUCGCCAAUUGGGAGAAAAGUGAACGAUUCACGUGGCUUAUCACGCAAAACGUCGACGGAUUACAUACGGCAGCUGGAUCUAAAAUGUUAACUGAAUUGCAUGGUUGCAGUCGACGUGUUAUUUGUAUGAAUUGUCAUUCAUUAUACAAUCGUCAAACAGUACAAGAAUGGAUUCAGAUGGAAAAUCCAAAUUGGUGUAUAGAAGAGAUUGGAGAAUUAGCACCGGAUGGUGAUUGCGAUAUUUCGGAUAAAGCUGUGAACAAUUUCAAUCUUCCAACAUGUCCAAAAUGUGGUCCUGAAUCGAUUCUGAAAACGGAUGUUGUCUUUUUUGGUGGAUUCAUUGCUCCAGAAAUUCACAAUAAAUGUUAUAAUAUGGUGCAAAAUUGUGAUGGUAUGCUGGUACUUGGUUCCUCGCUUACUGUCCUUUCUGGUUAUCGUUAUGUUGAGCAAGCAUAUAAACAGUCUGCGCCAAUUUUAAUUGUUAAUAUUGGUCCAACUGCUGCUGAUGAAUUAGCCACCGUAAAAAUAUCCGCUAAAUGUUCCGAUAUCAUAAGACAUGUUCCAGAUUUGUAA